AGUCAGGUUGUUGGUGUGGUGUGUCGUGUGUUUUGUACGCUCCCGCACGCAUUGAAGUUUUUUCCUUCACCUCUAAUUUUGUUGGCCCUUCGCUGUUGCGUAUGUGCAAUCCGGUCGUUAAAUAACAAUAUUUCGUGACAAGAAACAAAUCCGUCGCGAUCAGCGUUUCUCGUUUCGCCAUUGUUUAUGGAGAAAUUGUGGGCGAUUUGUUUAGCACACGCGAAAGUGCUGCUGAAAUUCGUUCAAGGAUGAAGGCAAACAGCAAAAUUCGCAACUGAAAGAAGACCUCCUCUCCUUAGCGCAUUGUGUUGGAGUGUGUGGAGGUGUCCGUGAGAGUGGUGUUGCGGAUCAGCAGUGUGGUUGUGUUGGUGUCACACAGCAAGUGUGCGAAGAAGCUUGCAAAGAAGAAGAAUAUUGUGCUCUGGUGAAGUGUUUUCAAUUCCUUGGACCAUUCAAGGGUUUACCAGGAGGGGGAACUUCGGGGCGUUUCUGCUUGUUUAGUGUAUUAUUGGAAGAAAAUAGAGUGGAGCAAUUUUCAAAAUUUUUAUUUCACGUGCGUGUUGGCGAUAUAAGUAAAAAUUUUCCGGAAGAAUAAAAAUUAUUGUUUUGUUAUUGUUCAAAGCAAGAGUUCCUACGAAGUAAAAAAGUUAUAAAUUUGUGGAUAGUGUUCGUCUUCAAUAAUGAUUUGAAAAAUUUUAAACUGCAAUUUAUUUCUUCGUUUCAAUUGAAAACCCUCUGUUGCAACAAUCGAUAAGAUAAGCAGCAAAUUGGAAGUUAGGUGACUAACGCUUCAUUACGCGCUUCGACCGAUUAUAUUAUUUCUUGGAAUCAACCGAGCCGAAACAACAAAUCAUCAACAUGGGCUGGGGAACUGAACUUUGGGAUCAGUACGACAACCUAGCAACGCACACCCAAAAAGGAAUUGAUUUUUUAGAACGAUAUGGAAGUUUUAUUCGUGAUCGCAGUGCCAUUGAAAUCGAAUACGCCGGAAAACUAAGGCGGCUCGUCAAAAACUAUCAACCAAAAAAGAGCAAAGAAGACGAAGAAAAUGAGUUCUCUUCGUUUCAAGCAUUCAAGUGUGUCCUCAAAGAAGUGGCUGACCUUGCCGGACAGCGCGAAGUCGUCGCCGAAAACCUCCAGCUGCAGGUGCUUCAGGGCAUUUCGCUGCUUGCCAAAAACCUGCGCGACGAGCGGAAAAAGUCCCUCAACGAGGGCGCCCUGCUUACCCAGAAUCUCAACAGUCAGAUCGCGUCGCUGGACCGAGCGAAACGGAACUACGAGAAGGCAUUCCGGGAGGCAGAGAAAUCUAUCGACAGCUACCAGAAGGCGGAUGCCGAUUUUAACCUGAGCCGAGCCGAGGUGGAGAAACAGCGGAACAACAUGAAUAUCCGCUGCAACCAGUCCGAGGACGCCAAAAAUGAGUAUGCCAACCAGCUACAGAAAACAAAUAAAUUACAGCAGACGCAUUACGAAACGUCUCUACCGGAGGUUUUCAACCGAUUGCAAGAGCUGGACGAGAAGCGAACUAGAGGACUGAAAGAAUUUAUCAAGGGCGCAGCGGAUGUUGAAUCAGCGGUAGCUCCAAUCAUUGCAAGGUGUCUCGAGGGUAUGGUGAAAGCAGCCGAUUCCAUUAACGAGAAGGAAGACUCCUUGAAAGUAAUAGAAAAGUAUCAAUCUGGCUUCCAACCUCCUGGAGAUCUACCGUUCGAAGACCUCUCGAAAGCGGACUCUGAUACCUCCAAUAAUUCCCAAAACUACACCUCAACCAGCGGCCUAAACCACCUGACGGCAAAAGGUACCACGACACAAAAGCUGAAAAAGCGUGUUGGAAUCUUUGGAAUUUUCGCCAGCAAUAAGAAGAUUGUUGAGGCCUGCAUCCAAGUGAAGAACAACUUGUCAACGGAUGGUAUGAAGGAAGAUUUCAGCGACCUUCCACCAACGCAGAGGCGGAAAAAGCUGGCCGCCAAAGUGCACGAACUGCAACAAAAGGUUUCCCAAGAGCAGGCAGCCAGUGAAGGGCUGAUGAAGAUGAAGGGUGUAUACGAAGCAAAUUCACUCCUUGGAGAUCCCCGCUCUGUGGAAGAACAACUGAACGAGUCGGUAACCAAGUUAGAAAAGCUACGGCAAGAGCUGGAAAGGUACCAGAAAAUGCUGGAUCAAGCCAAUAGUCACACACAGCAUAGUCCUCAAGCGAACCGGGUGAUACAAAAUGGACAACGAUCAUCCAGUCUACACAAUUACAGACAUUCCAAUGGCAGCAGCAAUCACGACCAUGACGAUCACGGCGAAGACCACCCAGAUCACGACGCUGGCAGUUUAAGCAGGUCAGCAUCCGAGAGUAGUGUACAGCAAGCGCAAAAUGGGCUAAAUAUUAACAAUAACGGCAGUUCAGCUAGUCCUGAAAGUGGCCUUGGAACGUCACACACAUCCCUGCCCGGUUCCGGCCAGGGUAGCACAAACGACCAACCCAUCAACGACGAGAUGUACUACGAAGCAGAUGCCCUGCAGCCGCUGGGAACGUGCAAAGCGCUUUAUCCAUUCGAUGCAACGAGCGAAGGAAGCAUUCCGAUGUCUGAGGGCGAAGAACUAUUGGUCAUAGAACUGGACCAAGGUGACGGUUGGACUAGAGUACGAAGGUUAUGUAGUCCCAGUGGUUGGGAAGAAGGUUUCGUGCCCACCAGUUACAUCGAAAGUACACUGUACGCGUAGUGUUGAUCACAACGCACCGUAUAAUAUUAUAUGAAAUUAUUUCAUACUAAGGUAAAUUCAAUCAGCUGUGCAACCAGACAAAACAAAACGGUCACAUAAAGUGAAGAAAAUGUAAAUAUAUAAAUAGUUCUGCCCAUGGAAAGAGACACGAAGCUGAAAAUUUGCUCUAGUGUUGGCUGAUGUAAGAAAAGCGAUCGAGACAAUGCAACAACAACAAAAUAAACAGAUCAAUGCUUCAAAAUCUGACGUGUACGCAAUUAGCCGGUAAAAUUUUUAAUAAUAAAUUAUUACUAUCCUCUGUGGUGGUGAACGUGCAAGUCAAAUUCUAUGUUGCAGUAAGUAAAAUCUUUCGAUACCCUAUUCUAGUAAUAGCUAGGUUCUGAAAUUCCCGAGUUCCAAAAACAUUGUCCUCGAACUAUUUGUCCAUUGUGACGGUGUUAUCGGCAGUAUACUUUGUAAUAGUAGAGCAAUUAUGUUUAGUCACAUGACACCGUCUAUUGUUUUUUUUUUUUAAUUUAGUUUAUAUGAAAAUAUACGCUAGCAAACUGCAAAAUAUAAGACGAUGCUCAAAAUAGUCUUUGUUGUAAAGAUUAAUUUAAAAACUAAAACAAAUCAUGAGAACGGAAUUGCUAGCAGCAUGGUCGUAAACAUUGCCAUUUAACGAAAAGUAAAACAUAAGAAAGUAACAUACACAAAGUCAUUUCAUUUUCUCAGCAAAAUUCUGCAUAUUCGUAGCUCCAUAUCUAUAUUAUAUGAUAAUGAAAAAAGAACAUAGAACAUUUAUCGUUACUACCAAUAAAUUAUUGGUGCGCAAAAAAGCAUAAUUACAUUUCACACAAUAUACCUAAAUAAGAACAAAAGGUUCCGUUUUAAAAAUUGGUAGAUUCUCAAGCAAAACAUGCACCAACCAAACGAUUCUGGUGGUAAAUGUAUAAGGGAAAUCUGAAAAUAAAUACCUGUUCAAGCAUCGUAAAAUGAUACUAAACUUGAAUUAGCUUAUUAACAUUGAGUAUCUUACCAAACGAUAGAAGCGAAAUGUAUUAGGAACUGAAAACUUCAACAAACUGUCAAACUAAAAUAAAACGCUACACAAUGUAAACGAAAUAAAACAAACGGAGAACAUAAGAAUUUUAAGAGAUAUUAUUGUUACAAAAGAUUUUGUUUGGUAUUCAGGUAGCGCCAGUAUGCAAAUACCCAUCCCUAAAAUGUAUAUCGUCAAUGUUGAUUAGUGUUUCUACAAUUAGGUUUUUGAAUGCGAGCACUGCAUUAAUACGCCUAUUAACAUUCUACUGUUUGGAGACGAUGUAUAAUAGAAACAAUCAUGCUCUAUCUGAUCGAGAUUUUAGAACCUCGACAAUAGUUUUCUUAUCAUGACUAACUUCACAGUAAAAAAAAUUUUCGAAAAUAGUUUGCCUGUCUACGAUGUUCGAUUAAUGGAUGAUUAAAAUUCUGUUUCUGCACAUUUGUAACAUCAAUUAUCUCUCAAAUUCUUAUACUCUCUCAAGCACACCUAUUAGGUACUUCUACAGCAAUAAAAACACUAGGUACAUUUCAUUACAGUCAAAACAAAAGAAAUCAACGAAAACUGAUGCAUUUGUUAUUACAUUUGCUCGCGACCGCCUAAAUCAAAACUCUGCAUCAUUCACACUCCAACAAUCACUGUCGAUGGCCGUACCGAAUAGGAUACCGAUCUUCAAUAGUCAAUCCAAUAUUAUACGACAAACCGUGCCAGUGUGUUUACUGUGAAACAAUCAUACAACAACACUGUGACAAAUAUUGUGCAAAAAAAAAGUGGCAUCUGUCGAGCGUAUAAAAUAAAGCAACCAACUGAUGUCAGUUGUCAUGUCAUGUCAGCAUCGUUUCAUUGCUUACAAAUCGUCUUAUUAUUUUCCGUGAAUUAUGUAUACAUAUAUUUCUCUGUAUUAUUUUGCUCCAAACAGGAGGCAGCCCUAGGUGAUGUCAUUUUUUGUCCAUAACAAAUACAGUGGUUUGUUCGCUAUCCGAUUAAAAAAAAUUAAAUGUAGCAAACGUCGUCUGUACAUAACAACCAUAGCCAAUGGAGGUGAACAAACGCACUUUAGCUAGGUUCUUUAUCGUUUACAUUAUCGGAAGUAAAGUAGGAGAAAUUUGCUUUUAGCCAGCACACAUGUCAGUAACAUCAAAUGAAUCAAGUCAUUUAAAAACGAAAUCAAACUCCUCCCACGGGAUCUGCUUCUCUAGCUAGUUGCGAAUUUCCCCCGGAGGAACGCUUCAGCCGAUAAGGCAUUAGCAAAAAAAAACGCAAGCAAUAGUAAUUGGAGAUAUAAAAAUUAUAUUUUUUCAAUAUUUAGAUGAUAUGUGGAUGGUGUUCACAGUAAAUUAAUAUUUUCAGCGCCAGGUAAAAAUACAAUGUGAAAGCUUAGAUGUUAGCUUUUAGUGAGAAUACGAUCCUGUGUUGGAAAAUUAUAAUUUAAAAUUAAUGAUUUAGGUUUUUUCAUUUUUAA